AUGGAGGAGGCUGUGCUAUUGAUGGUAUCAUUCCUGUUGGAGGCCUUCUUCUUGAUCAAGCUUCUUCAUUCCAUCCAUCGGAGUGCUGGAUGUGCCUGUUGGACCAUCUUACGGCAAAUUUGCACUUGGCCACGACAUUGCUUCCGGAUGCUGCGAAAGUCCACCACCACGCGGCUGGCCCAGGAAGCUGUUGCUGACAUGCAAGUCUUGUGGUCUCAUCGCUUUCUGUUGGCUUAUAGUUUUUUGAGUCUGAGUUCGUUGCUGUCCAUCCAAUACAAUGUGCUCUUGGGACGGCACAGGUGGAUGUCUCCUGCCUUCACCUGGACCAAUGUCAUCGUGUAUGGAUGCUUGACAGUCUACGUCAUUUUCCCCUGGCUUUUAUCUCGCUCCUCAUUGAACAAAUGCUAUGUGGUGGGCAUGCUGUUUGCUUGUGCCUAUUUAUCGCCUUGGCACACCUCCUCAGAGAUUGUAGCAGACAUGGCUUUGAUCCUAUUUGUCUUCUUCCGGUUGCCUGCAGUGAUCAUGUGCACUCGCACCUCUUUGGUACUCCUUUGCAACACGGCAUUUGUGGCACUGACCGUUUACCGUGCUUACAAUGAAGAUCUCGAAGAGGAAGGGACCUUUGGAUCGGCUUACGUAGUGCUUUGGAUCGAACUCUCCACCUUCGCCAUCACGCUGGCCUUCAGCGUCGCGCUGCGAUCUCUCCUCGCUCGAAAGGUGGAGUACAAGAUGCAGCAGGCAAACGCGGAGACUCAAUUCUCGGCAGCCUCCACAUUGCUCAGCCUGAUGUGUGACGCAGUCGUUGAGCUCGAUGAAUCCUUUUGCUUGCGGAAUCACUCGAAGGCCCUUGCGGCGAUGCUUUUGAAAUCCAGCGACUUGCAGGGUCUGAGCUUCUUGGACCUCAUGCCCUCAGUGGAUGCCACGCGUGCCGACGAACACUUGCGCACCGUGGGGGAGGCUCCGCAGAGAGCGGUGGCGCACGCCUUCCACACGCGGCUGGUGGACUCAUGUUCCACCAAGCUGGAGGCUGAAGUGUUUCAGGUGCUUUGA